AACGUAGUGAUUAAGAUUAUAUUCUCUUUGACGUCAAACGUCAAAUGAUCUGUGGUCUGUCGAUGUUAUUUGAAUUUUCUAAAUUGAUCAAAAAAUUAAAAAAAGCUUAAGUUCUUAUUGAAAUGUCGGGCAAACCCGGCAAACCAAUAAGGAAGUGUGAAAUUUGUGGCGUAAGACGUUGGAAAAAAUCAACUUGUGACGUAUUUUUGGCUAGAUUUCCACUGGAUCCAGACAGGUGUCAAUUAUGGGUAAAAUUAACUGGUAAUGAAGAUUUGGCAUAUUUACCAAUUGAAAGAUUACACGGAAACAAAUUUAUAUGUGAAAAUCAUUUUUCGAGAGAUGCCUUCAACAAAAAAGGCAACAGAUUAAAACGGAACGCAAUACCAUCUAGAAAUCUCAAUGCGCCGCUCUCGGACGAAAUUCUGUCGUCGUUCCCUAUUGUGCCCGAAUAUGAAAAAUCAAGAAAAGAAACAUCACUGCAUAACUUUCCGAACCCAAAUAAAUUCCUAGAGCGGUUCAAAGCUUGGGUCUCUAUAGUUGGGGGUGAGCUCAACACUUCAGCAGACUAUGAACAUUAUAAGAAAAAAAAAGUUUGUGAUCGCCAUUUUAUUGAUGAACAUAGAACUCGCAGUAAACGACUAAGCGCAAAUGCAAUUCCGACUAUUCUUGUACCUGUUUCGAAUGGUAAAAAGAAAAAUGAUACUGAAUCUGCACCAAAAACGCAACCGGCUGAGGUUCAUUCUGACCAUUGUUAUUCGAAGGAAAUAUCAUUGCAAGUGUCAACACCAGAAGCGCCAAUUGACUUGCCAGCAGAAAAGGAUGACACUGACAGUACUAAAUUAGAUGAUUAUGCAAUAGAGACUCAUGGUCACAUACACUCAGAUGAUCAUAUAAACUUAGAUGAUCACAUAGACUCUUAUGCGGAUACGUUUGAUGAUGACUCACCAUCCUCGCCUGUGCCAGAGAUAAUUAAGACUGAAGAAGUUCAAGAACAUAUUUUCUCGUGGCAAGGAACAGAGCCGAUAAAAGCAGAUGAUCCAGCAGUGCCAGUGCCCGACAAACCAAGAUUACCUGACGACAUCGUGACUUCAUCUCUAUUCUGUGACGAACCAAAACCCAGUUUACCAGAUCUGACAGUUCCGGAAAAUGUCAAACUCAUGUGCAAGGAUUGUUCCGAAGCCAUUGACGGGUUUUCGUUCUGGUGCGUGCAGUGUUUGCGCGGUGCGCUGUGCGUGGCGUGCGCGUCUACCGAUACGCAUUAUGCUCAUUUCGUGCUACGCUCGCCAAAGGGGUUUACUCAGAACCCAACUCGGGCAGUGUUGGCAGUUAUACGACAACAUCUCGCCGAAAACUUAACAUUCGUCAAGACUGAUAUAGAUGGUAUGAAGGAGGAAGUCAAACAUGAGCCUUUGGAGUCCCUGUCGCCAAUUGCCUGCCCUGACCCUCUUGCAGUGGAGCCCCAUAUUGACUCGCUCAUUGAGGGGCCACACCAUGACUCGCUGACUGAGAGGCUAGACGACUCGCUGACUGCGAGGCUAGACGACUCGCUGACUGAGAGGCUAGACGACUCGCUGACUGCGAGGCUAGACGACUCGCUGACUGAGAGGCUAGACGACUCGCUGACUGAGAGGCUAGACGACUCGCUGACUGCGAGGCUAGACGACUCGCUGACUGAGAGGCUAGACGACUCGCUGACUGAGUGGCUAGACGACUCGCUGUCUGAGAGUCUAGACGACUCGCUCACUGAGGAACCUCACCUUGCCUCGCUAACUGAGAGGCCAGACCUUGGAUCAAAAGCAGAGGAACCCCAUGUCUCACUAGCGGAACCUCGUCCCGACCCGGUCUUCGCGGCUCCGUCCUCCAAUACCAAAGAGAAAAAGUGUGUCGACGAAGAAACAGAAAGUCCUGUCAAGCGUAUUCGACUCAUGGACUCCACGCCACAGAUACCUAAUGUCACAGUUAAAGUAGAUCGUGCUAAACUAGUAAAAGUUCCAAUCAACAUUUUAGCAAAAAUCCAAAAAAUUGACGCAGUAAACGCUGCUAACAGACCUGUAGAAAUCUUUUAUCCUAGUGAUUUCAAACUCGAAGAUACAACACAAAUGAGUCAAAUAACACACUCUAAUACUGUAAAAGCCCGAAAAGUCCCCUUUAAAGUUGAUGACAGAUCACAAAAAGUCAUCACUAGAACAACCGACGGGUCACUAGCUACUGUCAAUUCUAACAGUAUUAGAAAAAAACAAUUUGUACAGAUCCCAUCUAAUAUGAAAGUGCAAGCGGUUACUUCUGGCGAUCGGAAGGUUGCAUAUAGCAGAGUGGCACAAGAUGUUACGGAUAAGACGAAUAUGCCUGUGAGGGGGCCACAAGCAAUGAUGCUUCGAUCGGUGACUUCUAAAGCCGCGGUGCAACUGGAGCCCCUUACGUUGUCGGAUUUACAGAAGUGGAUAGACAAGAGGGAGAAUGACGGAAAUAAACAUAAUUAAACUGG